AUGGCUGCUCCACCUCCAAGGCCGUAUAGGCGAAUCUUGACCUCUGCAUUACACCGCAGAUUCGUCCAUGCAUCGGCUGUGACAUUGUUGGUGGACUAUUUGGUUUCUUUUAUCAUCGGCACAAAAACGUCAUUUCUUUGGUCAUGGUUCCCUCUAGGAGUAUGCGGUCUGCGCGCUCUCCUCUUAUUUAUUUCGACAUUGGCCGUUUUUUUUAUUCGAGUUGCGCAAAUGCACGUUGGUCCUCGAACUACAGCUUCACCUCUGGCUGCCUUGCGAAAUGUAUUCCCGCUACAGGUCCUGCAAACUCUAGGAUGGUAUCUUUUCUCUGCCUGGUGGUUCAGUGAGAUAUAUCUCUGGUCGGCUCCCGAAGAGGCUGACUUGGGAUGGGUGAAACUCAGUCGACCCAAUAGUCGACCGAUUCUGAACGAAAGAUCCAUUUACUUGCACACGUAUCACAUGAUACUGGCAAUCGCCCAAACGGCUAUCCACCUGUACUACGACUACGAUCGUCUUCCUAUCCCGGUUGCCAAACGCACCUCAAAGGAUGACCGUACACACCCCAUGGAACCGACUUUCAAGAGGCUACAAUACGGCGUUAUUGGAAGCGUGAUUGAUGCUUUGCGAAAUGGAUUUAUUGUCACUUUGGCUAGUCCAUUCAUCUAUGUCAUGUUCCUACGACGCCCGGCAUGGAACUUCUCUCUUUACUUUGCAAAGCUAUUCUGGAACUUUUCGCGGACAGCGGCAGAGCCUCAGGGAGCUGUGCCUCCUGCCUUUUACACGCUAUUCUUCCGUCAGAUUGUUUCAGGAGGAUGUCUUGUCUUUCUGUGGCAGACUGCCAACUUGUUCUUCACGGUCUUCCUUACUCAAGAACCAUUGAAGCGAGGACAGCCACUUACCAACGAUUCCAAGGAUCCCACAGGAAGUUUGAUCAACGGUCUUAAAGCCAAGAAAGAUAUCGCCAAGAAUUUUGCAUUUUGGGAACUCUGCUUCAUUAGUCAGCGUUUCCCCGAUCGCCGUAAAGCAAUUUUUGAGGACCUCGAUCGUGCCAAUGGACAAGCCUGGAAGCAAGUUCUACAAGCUUCAAUUGAUACAAUUGAGGGCGUCAGUGGACGUAUCAACAAAUUCAAAACACCACCUGCGACGAAACUUUCCAAGGAUGCCAACGUCGCAUAUCCUCAAAUCCAGACUUUACCUCGAUUGACCGAGGGUCCUAAACAAGACAACAUAUUCGCACCAUCGCCCAAGGCAAGCGGAUUUGGAGAAUCUUUUGGAGCGACAGCAAAGUCUUUCGGACAGUCAAAAGAUUGGACACCCGCUGCUAGAGCCAAAGCCAAAGAAGCGUUUACCCAAGCAUCGGAUGCGUUAUUGAGCCCUGAGCGUAGGAAAAAGCUGCUAGGUGCGCCAGACGAUGUAAAAUUGCUUACUGGGCCAACUGGAACCUCCAAGUCAUCUUUCAACUACUCUUCCAUCCCAUUUGUCUCACAGUUCCUUCGAUCGCCGAUAGGUAAGCCCUUCAGGCAAACCUAUGCCCAACGUUUGCGAAACAUUGUUUUCGGCGAACCCUACGGUCAAGUCGCCUGUGUCAUCGACGCGAUCGAAUCGAUAACCCGACUUCUCAUUGCCAGUUUGAAAGAAGAUUCAUUCGGCCAAGUGUCUAACGAUGUACCAACCAUCGUCCGCCUCUACACCUCAACCAUCAUCGCACUAGAAGAUUUCGUCCGCGAAGACAGCGGACUCGGCAUUCACUGGUCCGACGUCACAUUCCCAUCAGCUGACAGCAGCCCUGAAGUACGAAGGAAGGCUAGAGAAGUUCCCGAAGUUGACACUCUGCUGUAUAUGCUCAGGACAUCUCUUUCUGAACUUCUCACCUCAUUUGAGCAGUACAGUCGAGAUGUGGGCUUGCAAGCGAAGGAUAUCAGACUUGCAAAAGCGGCAGCUGGAUUGGUGGGUGACGACAAUAACGAUAAUGACGAUCCUUUCACCUCCUAG